ACCAAGAAGAAGAAGAAAAAGAAGAAGACGCAAAACAGUGACUUCUUACACUAAGCUAGCGGAGUCGAUGCUCUUGCGUAGAAUCUAGUCUGCAGUCAACCUUAGAAAGCUGCGAUGGAAGAAGCACAAAUUUACAGCAAAAUUCCUCGAGAUCUAGUGAAUCGUCUUGGUGUUGAGCCUCACAACAGCUCUAAAGCUGCAAAGUUUACUGAAGCCCAUCUGAAGCAGUGCACUCAGCAGCCGAGCCGACUGGAUGUGAAGAGCAUGCUGACUCAUAAGGCUGUGCUGCUGGGCUACAGUCGGCCCAAAAGAGACACAGCCAAAACCAGAAACAGGAAGAAAGCCAAAGGACUCAAUGCGCGACAGAAGAGAAUGAUGAAGGUUUUCCACAUCAAGCCUCAACACCAGAGGUAUGAGCUUUUCUUGCCGCUACACCAGCUAUGGAGACAAUAUGUUGUGGACCUGUGUGGUGGACUCAAACCGACGGUGAAUCCACAGAUUGUGCAGCAAAAGCUUCUGAAGGCAGACUUGCACGGAGCCAUCAUCACAGUGGUGCGUUCUAAAUGUCCGUCCUAUGUGGGAACUACAGGGAUUCUCAUGCAAGAAUUCAAACAUGUGUUCAAAAUCAUCACCAAAGAAGACCAGGUCAAAGUGAUCCCAAAGAGGAACAGUGUGUUUUCUGUAGAGUUGGACAGCUUUGUCUCACACAUUUAUGGAAGCAAAAUGGAGUUCCGAGCCAGCGAACGUUCUGCCAAGAAGUUGAAAGUGAAAGGAACUAUAGACCUCUAAAGGCACCCAGCGAUGUCAUCUCUCCUUGCCCCUACUGGAUGAUAAAGGAACUGCACACAUGCCAAGCAUGCAACAGGGCAUGUACUCUACACAAACAGCUUGUGCAGAACUCAGACUGUUCAAUCAAAUCACCUGGCAGUGAAGAGUGUAGACGGUCAUCUGAAUGGUGGGCGGAGCUUCUUCAAAGCAGAGUCACUCAGGAUCCUGGAAGUCAGCUAGCAGGAUCUCAUUCGGGCUGUUACUUGGAGCGCUAAUGGUUCGUUUUUGACAGUCAGGAGUGAGUCUUGAGUGAGAAACAAAGUGGAUCGCUGUCUGAACUCUGGGCCAUUUUCACCCGAAGAGCUCCUAGAGUCUUGAAUCGUCCAGAAUUUGAUCCUUUUUAUUUUUAGAUGCAUUUGGAAAAAUAAAAAGCAAGAUUCUAAAAAUGUAAGCUUUUCUAAAGGAUAAUAAUCUGAAUUUCUGAUAAAUGAAUGUGCAACAGUGCAACUAAUUUUUUUGUUGUUUUUUAAAUCAGUAAUAUAUAACCCAAAUAUAUGGAAAAUAAAAAAGCUCAAUUUCGCAACAUUUUGGGCCCUCAGACCCUUUUAGGUUUUGAAACUAAUCCAGUCCUAAUGUAGCUAAUUAGACUUAAGUGUUCAGCAUGGAGUUCUUUCUGGGUCAUACAGAUAAUAAUAGUAAUGCGAAGAUGGUUUCUAGUUGGGUAUCUAGAAUGUGAUGAAAACUACCUGAGAAAGCUGGAAAUGAAAGUUUGGUUAAGUACAGAAUUUUCAAACUGAGCACAAGCUUCCAUACUGUAGCAUUCUACCUCAAAUAUAAAAAUUCAUACUAUUAUGAAAUGUAAGUUAAACUAAAUGUUUUUUUUCUUCAGAAAUAAAUGACUCACUUCACUGUUUGAUGAAACAGUCAUUUUUUAGUUAACCCUUAGCUAAACCCUUAUCUAAUUCAACUCAAAUCAUCAAACAGCCAAGGUGGGGUAUAAAUACCACUUGAUGAUGCGCACUGUGCUCAUAGCAAAGAUGAUAUUUGGAGAACAUUGACAUCUAGCUGUCAACUACAAAAAUUAAAAUUUUCUGCGUAAA